CAUACUGACUAGUGUCAUAUGCUCUCGCAGAGAGCUAAUGUUAGCAUGGCUAACGUUAGCUGAGGCAGGACGAGUUGCUUUUAGCUGCGGGCAUCACACGACAGGCGUUUCUUACUCCUCCUCGUCUCUCAUUCUGACAGAUACGGAAAACAAGCCCGCCUUUUUACAUAUUUCACAUACUCUCGCGCGUCUAGCGUCAUAGCUCUCGCCGAUCAAAGAGGUAGCAGCAUGGCUAACGUUAGCUGAGGCAGGUCGAGCGAGCGGAGCUUGUGACAAUACAAGAGAGAGAUGGUGUGAAACUUAGCACAAAUGGAGGAAGAACAAUGAAUGCCCAAGAUAAAGAACAGGGGAUCCAUCAUCUGGCGGUGGUUUGGCUUCAAGUGGGAAGAUAUUCAGCGGACAACAAAAAUAUGCAAAGUAUGCUGCAGAAGUGUUACUACUAAAAGGUAGCAGCACUAUUCAAGGCCUACUGAAAUGAGAUUUUCUUAUUUAAACGAGAAUAGCAGGUCCAUUCUAUGUGUCAUACUUGAUCAUUUCACGAUAUUGCCAUAUUUUUGCUGAAAGGAUUUAGUAGAGAAUAUCGACGAUAAAGUUCGCAACUUUAAUAGAAAAGCCCUGCCUUUACGGGAAGAAUGUGCGCGUGACGUCACGAGUUGCAGGGCUCCACACAUAUUCACAUUGUUUAUAAUGGGAGCCACCAGCAGUAAGUGCAAUUUGGACCGAGGAAGCGACAAUUUCCCCAUUAAUUUGAGCGAGGAUGAAAUAUUUGUGAAUUAGGAUAUUGAUAGUGAAGGACAAGGAAAAAAAAAAAAAAAAGCGACGUUUCCGGGCGGUGGCAGUGUGAGCGUUUCAGAUGUAAUUAGAUACAUUUACUAGGAUAAUUCUGGAAGAUCCCUUAUCUGCUUAUUGUUUUAAUAGUGUUUUAGUGAGAUUGUAAAGACAUACCUCGAGGUCGGAUGGCUGCGGUGAUCAUGCAGUGUCUCAGAGAGAAGCCGAAGAGCCAAGCUCACAGCUGCCUUUUAAACAGCUACUGCAGGAGGACGAAUAAUCCAAUGAUGUCUCCGCCAACUGUGCCCCGCUGUUGCUAGGUGACAAAGGACACACUUCACUGGAGCCAGGGCAGGUGUGACCAUGUGAUGUCAUAAAGGACCCACAUAACCCCCAAGCCGUUUGUCUUUCAAAUGAUGCAGCCCCCCUGACGACAUCAUCAGAGCGACAGAUAGAAGAACUGCUGAUGUCAGGUUUUGGUGCGACGAGACACUUGAAUCGAAUAACACUUUUUGUGUUUGCUGGAAAAUGGCGCUUUACGCAGCUCGAGUUUUAUCAGAGAUGGGCUGGGAGAAGCAUUACGCCCUCCCAGUGCUCAACGCUGAAAACAAGGCUUUGAUUGAACAGAUUUGCUUGAAAAAGAGAGAUCUCUUGCAGCUGAAAAACAAAUUUGAGACUAAUAAAGAAAGGGCACAAUUAGGACACGACUACCUGAAAAAUGUUAAGAAGGAGCUGGAAAUCACAGAGGCUCUGUGCAGGGCCAAAGAUCGAGAAGCAGAGUCAGAGACACACCUCACCGCCAUCGCAGAGAGAGAAACAGGUCGCCUGGUGCAGGAAAAUGCCAAGACGGAAAACAAUAUUCAAUAUAUGUCUGACAAGAAAGAUACCUUAGAGAAACAAGUCCUCAGGGAUAAACAAAAGCUGGAGCAGUUUCGGACUCAAAUGCAGUGGGACCAGAAGGGCAUGGAGGCCUUUUUGGAAGAGUCAGCACGAAAAGAUGACGACAUGAUGGCCAUAAUUAAGUAUUCACAGCAAGAUGAGUUGAGAAUCAAGUCACUCACUAUGGCUAUUGAGAGGACCACAAUAGAGGGCAAUAAAAAACGCAAAGCGCUGGACAAGGAAAUGACAGAGACUCUAUCUGCACAGAUUGCUUUGGACAAGAUGACAGAGAAUUUGCAGCAGGCUCACCUGGAGACCGAGCAGAUCAUCCACCAGUGGGAAAACACCAUCCAACAGAUGAAGCAAAGAGAUGUUGAAAUGCAUCAGUGUGCUGUGAAACUGUCCCAGACCAACCAGAUCAUCCGGGAACGGAACGACACCUUAACAGAAAUGAGGAACCUCCAGGAGUCUCAGAUAAACGACAACAAGGAAAAAGAGAAGAGGAUAACAACAACCAAUGGACUGGCUUCAAGACUGCGACUGAACUUAAAGGAGCGGGAGAAGAGCUACUUGGAAAUGCAAGAUGAGUUGAAAAGUUCCAAAGCCCUACUGGACAGAACAAUGUCCAAUGUGCAGUCAAUGAGGUCCCACAUCUGCAGGCAUAAGGAAGACAUCCAGAACAACAAAGUCAGAUUGAGUCAGACCACAGCCCAAAAUGAGGCUCUUGAGCAGAAGCUAAAAGCUGUGAUACAAAACGCCCUGAGUGAGAAGGAGCGAGCUGCACAGAUGGAGAAUUACCUCAAGGAAGAGGAGCAAGUUAUCAAGGAGCUGGACUCGCAACUACGUGAGCGCAGCAAGGAGUUUGUGCGUUGCAAACAGCACGUGGUGGACUCCAACAAGCAGGAGAAGAAUUUAAUUGCCCAAAUAGUGAGGAGCAGAUCUACGGUCAACACGCUGGAGGUGGAGAUGAGGAAACAGGAGGAGUACUUGGUCAAACAGAUGAUGAUCAUGAAUGAAAAGGACUCCCUGUUGAUCAUUUUAGACAAAAAGCUCGCACGAAUUCAAGGUGUUGUCGGUGACUCUGAUGAGAAGAUAGAGAUGGAGAUAAAGAUCACAGAACUCAAACAAGCGCUGGAGGAGAAGAAGAAGGCGUCCGUCAAGAUGAUCAGCAAAAUCAAGGAGUCCGAGGAGGACAUUCGCUAUUUGGGGAAAGAGAGGGAGGAUUCUGCCGCCCAGAAGGAGGAGCUGUACAACAAGGUCAUAGAACUGAAGCUGAUCAAUAGUAACAUAGAACGAGAGAUGAAGAAACUCGGGUUCAAGAACCAGGAGUACAUCGUGGAGCAAAACAUAUCCAAGCUAGAGGUGAAGCGCAAAAGGGAUCUUCUAUUCAACAAGGCCAACAGCGUGGUGUCGUUGGAGAAAAGACAACUGAACGUGAAAAAAGCCAUCCAGGAGAGGCAAGAGGAAAUCAGAGUCUACAUACAAAUGCUCGGCCAGCAGCUGAGGACCACCGAGCAGGAGAGACUGGGAAUCAGUGUGGAACUGAACACAAAGUUGUCCAAAGUCCACGCCUCCAAGAAACAUUACGAGGUUGUGACUUUUUCGAUGGCGACGUUUGAAGAGGACGAUGAGGACGCCGUGAGGUCUCAAGCUCACUAUAUCGCCAAGGCUGCGCUAGAGAAAGCAGAACUCAAGCAGCAGGGGGAGUGUCUAAAUGCCAAAAUUCGCAGAGCUGAGCAGGAGAAUAAAGCUCUGGAGAACACGACCCUGUUGUUCAACAUCAGCAACACUGGAUUCCACACAUCAGUCAUGAAGUCGAAAGAAGCCACUCCAGAUUAUCAGGAGAAGUUCCAGCUUGAAGAGCAGCUUCAUGUGGCCGAGGAGACUCUGCAAUCCAAGAAACAACAAGUUGAAAAGCUUCACGAGGAACUACAGGAAUUGAACCAUUCGUUGAAAAAUCAACUAGAAGCCAGGCAGGAAUUGGAGAAGGAAGUGAGGCGACUGAUGGACUUUAACGCCUCUCUGAGUGACAUGCUGGUUGCUGCCACCAGGUUUAAGCCUCAGCUCAAAUCGGUGCUGCAGCAACUCUUUCAGCAGGCCAAUGUGCCUUUUCCAUCUGCCACACUCGUCAUUCGAAGAUCGAACUUGGCCAGCAACUCCGCCUCUCUCAGGUUUCCUAUCAUGUCGCCCAGCUCCCCAAAGCCUCCUGAGGACCAGGAGGAGGCCCCGCGAAAGACCGUGAUUUUGGACCUGGAUCUAGCCUGACUGGUUUUACCCUUCUUGUUGCCUUUGGAGCUUUACUCUGAACCAUGGUUUGUAAUGAGGACAUCAGUGUUUGUGUUAAUAUUGUUCUACUUCAGUGGCCUGGUGGACUUGCCAGGACACAUGUAUUGAAAAUGGUUAUUACAAAAGAAGAUAUAUGUGCUGUAUGCUUAGCUUUUUCACCAGAAGCACCGGCGCAAGUAAAUAAAUCCAAAUUAUAGCGCAGGAAAAAUUAUGAUAUGGACCUAAACUCAUAUCCCGAUAUAGCUUGUCCCAUAAACUAACCUAUAAAUGGAAAUAUCCGUUGACAUAACUAAAUAUUUCCAUUAUGUCUUGAUUUAAAAAUGUCAGUACUGAUGGGGGUCCCAAAUACACAAAAACAGGUACCAACAUGUAAGAAAAAUAGGGUUUUUCAGAAUAUGUUCGGAACUAAAGAGAUUAUUUUGAGGUAGGAAUUUUGUUUUGAAAAAGUCAAAUAUAAUCCCCAAUCUUUUAAAAAAUAUUUAGCUGUGCUCAGUUCUCAAGCUAACACAAACACAAAAUAACAACAUUUUAAAUAAAGUGCCCUGGUUGAAGAGGACAUGUUUAAAUGUCAAUAAACGUUAUUAUAGGAUGUACACGCAAAUAAUUUAGCCAGGAACGCCAACCUGCUAAUUGCUUCUUGAUGUUGUGGGGCAGGCUGUGUUCUGAAAAGUACUUCUAAAAAGUCAUGUUGUGGUAAACUGUAUAUUUCGGACUAUAAGGCGCACUUAAAGGGGAACAUUAUCACCAGACCUAUGUAAGCGUCAAAAUAUACCUUGAUGGUGCAAAAAAAGACCAUAUAUUUUUUUAACCGAUUUCCGAACUCUA